AGAAAUAUAGUUCCAAGAACAUAAGCACCACAGAAAUAAGAGAAAAGGGUGUUGGGGGAGAAAGGAGAGAGAGAGGAUGGGAGUGACAAAGGAAGACGUGGAAUCUUCAUUGACCUCUGUAAUGAACCCUUCUCAUCUGGCAUUCUCAAUAACUCCCUUCUCCUUUUCAUAUUCUCUGAGUGCCAUAAAUUUGAUUCUCAUAUGGAUUAAUAUUCUUAGUUUUUUUGUGUUUCAGGAAGUGAUUGAUACAUCUGGUGGGUGUGGUGCAAGCUUUGCAAUUGAAAUUGUGUCAGAACAGUUUGAAGGGAAGAGGUUGCUGGAGAGGCAUCGGAUGGUGAAUGCUGCACUGCAAGAGGAGUUGAAACAAAUCCAUGCUCUGUCGAUAAAGAAAGCUCUGACCCCAGAGCAGUGGAAACAACAGCAAGAAGCUGAAAAUUCUCAGCCUGCUGCUUAAAUGGAUGCUGCAAUAUUUCAGAUGUUUCAGACAAUAUGUUCUGUAUCUCGUUAAUAAUACAUUCAUAUCAAAAAAUGGCUGUGGACACGUUGGAUCUGGAGUAGAAAUACUUACCCCAGAGUUGCAUAGUAAUGCUUCAUCAUAUCUUUGAAAACUUUGCCUUUUGGGUGUGGUUGAAUGUUGGUUUGGAUUGUAACUUAUUGAAAUGGAAGAGAUUCAGAGUUGGACUUCAA